AUGCCGCCGUUUAUGUCAGGCUACAGGGCCGUGGUUUCGUUAAUUUCAUGUCGAAACGCAAUCAGGAGCUCGAUCGUUAGCCGUUCGGGGAUCGCGCAGGGGAGUUUGGUAUCUUAUCAAUUCCGUCGAUUUGGUUCUCUUUCCGGCGUCGACAGAUGUUCUUCUUACGGCUUGAUAUCAAAUGAUGAUGAUGUGGCGAGAAGAAUCGUGAGAUUGCCAAGCGCUGGGAGCGUAAUUCAGAGACGCCAUUUUCUGGGUUGUGGAGAUGGGGAAGAAGGUAGUGGUGGUGAGUUAUCUAAGAUCUACGAAGAACGACGCGUCUUGGGGUACUCACCGGAGCAAUUGUUUAACGUAGUUGCAGCUGUGGACUUGUACCACGGGUUUGUUCCUUGGUGUCAACGCUCCGAGGUUCUUAAAGAGUAUCCAGAUGGCUCAUUCGAUGCAGAGCUCGAGAUUGGUUUCAAGUUUCUUGUUGAAAGCUACAUUUCCCAUGUUGAAUUCGAAAGGCCCAAAUGGAUCAAGACAACGUCGAGGGACACUGGUCUGUUUGACCAUUUGAUAAACCUCUGGCAAUUUGAGCCAGGGCCGAUUCCAGGAACAUGCGACCUUCAUUUCCAUGUCGAUUUCAAAUUCAACUCACCUCUCUAUCGUCAGGUGGCUUCGAUGUUCUUAAAGGAAGUAGCAACAAGGCUUGUGGGGGCAUUUAGUGACCGAUGCAGACUAGUGUAUGGUCCAGGUGUUCGAGUAGAUGAAAACGCAUAUGAGCAAAGAGUUAAGUCUUAA